UAGGUAUGAAAGAGGACUAAAAUAUGAAGGGGCAUUAGACCUUACAACAAUAAAAAUAACAACACCAAUUAUAAAAUUCCACCACUCCAUUCCCCACCGCCUUGUUACUUUAUUGUUGGUAGGGAUAUAAGAGGGGUAGGAGAGAGAGAGAGGGAGAGAAAGAGGAGUAAAAGAAAAAAAGGGAAAAAAAAUCAGCUACGUAGCCAAACUUCGUCUUCCCCUCCCUCUCCUCCUCCUCUUCUUCUGUUUAUAAUAACUCCAAAAUUUUAUCUUGGGGUUUUCUUUUAGGUUAGGAUUCUAAAUUAUUGAGGGGGAGUGCAUAAAAAAGAGAGCUUUGUUUUUUGACCUCAGUCUGCUCUCAGAUCUUGCCUUCCCCACGGAGAACCCUAACCCUAGAAUCGGUCGGCAAAAAGAAGUUUUUUUUUUUCCUCUGUAUUCGCUACUUAUCUCGGUUGCAGUUUCGAGUUUUAGGGUUUUGAUCGGAGGGACGGUGGAAGAUGGCAGGGCUUGAUGGGGAGGGUGGGGUUUCGGAGGACCCUGGCCCGGAUAAUGGGUUUGGGCGAUUGACCGAUGGUUUAUCAGAUAAUGCUCAGUUUGAUGCUUCCCAAUACGCAUUUUUUGGUAACAAUGUUAUGGAGGAAGUUGAGUUGGGGGGACUGGAAGAAGAUGAUGAUGGUGAUCCGGGCUUUAUUGGGCUCAAUGAUGAGGAUAAUCAAUUUUCUUAUCUUGGGAAUGGAGUUGAGGGUGACGGUUUAGGAUCUUUAUCUGAUAUUGAUGACCUUGCAAGCACUUUCUCAAAGUUGAACAAAGUUGUUGGUGAACCAAGGAGGUCAGGAGCAAUUGGCAAUAGGGGAUCCUUUUCUAGAGAAAGUUCUUCUACUGCAGACUGGGCACAGGAGCAAGAUUUCACAAAGUGGCUAGAUCAAAAUAUACUGGACAAUGAAAGUGUCCAGGAUGGUAAACGGUGGUGGUCACAGCCAUAUCCUUCUUCAGCUCGUGUUAGUGAAUCCGGACCUCUGUACCGAACCUCCUCAUAUCCUCAACAACCACCCCAACAUAAUCCUAGUGAACCAAUUCUUAUACCUAAAUCAUCCUAUACGUCCUACCCUCCUCCUGGUGGACCAUCCCAAGCUUCUCCAAAUCAUGUACGCCAAAUAAAUGUCUCAUCUCCUACUGCUGGACUCCAGAUGCCUUUCUCUGCACCAAAUCCCUCCUCUUUCUCCCAGCUUCAUUUGGCAGGAGUACCUCAUGGAUUGCAGUAUGGUGGAAAUAUGUCUCAGUUAGGCCCUCCAGGUCUCUCCAUUAGUAACAGACAACAGAAUCAUUGGUUGAACCAAGCUAAUUUCUUUUCAGGUGAACGAUCCAAUUUUGCACCUAACUUGAUGCAGCAACAGUUGCCUCAAUCAAAUGGUCUAAUGUCACCUCAACUAUUUCCAGCACAGCAUCAACAUAGAAUGCCCCAAAUUCAAUCAUCUUUAUCACAUAUCUCGCAGAUGCAGUCUCAGCUGUUCGGUCCCCAUCCUUCUCCACUGCAGAUGAUGAAUAAUUUUGAACCAAUGCUUGGGAUGGCUGAGUUAAGAGACCAGAGAGUGAAGUCAAUGCAAAGGGGGAGACAGAUGCUUCGAUUUUCUCAGCAUGGUUCCGAUACCAGCAGCCAAAAGAGUGACAAUGGGUGGCCACAGUUUCGAUCGAAGUAUAUGUCAGCUGAUGAGAUAGAAAACAUUUUGAGAAUGCAGCAUGCUGCAACCCAUGGCAGUGACCCCUAUGUAGAUGAUUACUACCACCAAGCUUGUCUUGCAAAGAAAUCUGCUGGGUCAAGGCUGAAGCACCAUUUCUGCCCAACUUCCAUUCGGGACCUGCCAUCUCGAGCACGUGCCAAAGACGAACCACAUGCAUAUCUUCAGGUGGAUGCUCUUGGGAGGCUUCCCUUUUCUUCCAUACGAAGGCCUCGACCUCUUCUUGAAGUUGACCAGCCCUCGGCAUCAGGUGAUAGCAUCCUUGAUCAGAAAUCUUCUGUGAAGCCUCUUGAGCAGGAGCCAAUGUUGGCAGCUAGAAUCACCAUUGAAGAUGGCUUUUGCCUUCUUCUUGAUGUUGAUGAUAUCGAUCGCUUGCUACAAUUCAGCCUGCUGCAAGAUGGUGGCUCCCAGCUCAAAAGAAGACGGCACGCCCUCCUGGAAGGGCUUGCAGCAUCACUUCAGCUAGUUGAUCCACUUGGCCCUGGAAAAGCUGGCAAUUCAGUGGGUCUAGCCCCAAAGGAUGACCUUGUGUUCCUCCGUCUUGUUUCUCUUCCCAAGGGCCGAAAACUUCUUGCACACUAUCUUCAACUUCUAAUUCCUGGCAGUGAGCUGGCUCGGAUAGUCUGCAUGGCUAUCUUCCGCCACCUGAGGUUUUUAUUUGGUGGGCUGCCCUCAGAUUCUAAUGCAGCCAAAACUACUAUCAAUCUUGCUAAGACAGUUUCUUUAUGUGUUUGUGGCAUGGAUCUGAGCGCCCUCAGUGCUUGCCUUGCUGCUGUAGUUUGUUCAUCUGAACAACCACCUCUUCGCCCUGUUGGAAGUUCUGCUGGUGAUGGCGCUUCCAUCAUAAUAAAAUCUGUUCUUGAGAGCGCAACAGAGCUGCUGACAGACCGCCAUGCUGCAACAAAUUACAGCAUGUCUAACCGGGCUCUGUGGCAAGCAUCAUUUGAUGCCUUCUUUGGGCUCCUCACAAAGUACUGUGAGAAUAAAUAUGACACUAUAAUGCAAUCCUCGCACAUGCAGGCAUCAAGUGCUGGUUUUAUUGGAUCAGAUGCACCUAGAGCUAUCAGCAAGGAGAUGCCGGUGGAGUUGUUACGUGCCAGCCUCCCUCACACUGAUGAGCAUCAGCGCAUGCUAUUACUUGAUUUUGCUCAGCGAUCAAUGCCUGUGAUUGGGUAUAAUGCUCGUGGUGGUGGUAAUGGACCAAUAAGUUCUGAAUCGGUGCCUAGUUGAUGUCACCUGGAAGAGUAGAUCAAUGUCCUAAAUCCUACCAACGCUACAUGCUGCUCCCUCCCAUAAAUCAAGGUAAGCUGGUAACAAGCGGAAAAGGAUUUUAGGCAAAAAAACAGAAAAAAAAGGGCUUGGGAGGGUGUGAACAUUUACGUAUGUCAGGUAACUUGCUUAAUGCUAGUAUUAUUUUGUGGGUUUUCUUUUUGCUUUUCCUUUGUUGAAACUGUCGUUCCUGCCUUUAGUAGUGUGCCAGUUCUUUCGUGGGAGUUUGUGACUGGAAGUUUUCUUCUGGGGAGCUUUAUUUUAGUGCUCUAAAUUGAAACUCCAGACAAAUCUAGAGAUAGAAACUGUACAGGUUCUGCUACUUGAAGCCUUUGUCUUUCAUUGUUCGUCAAGGAUCUAGCAGAUGCCACAAGGUGGAAGUUUUAGUAUCCAUUUUGGCUGGUGAAGAGAAUCUGUCAGCAUCUGUGGACCUCUGAUUUGUAAUCACAGCUUGUUUCUUCAUUUCAUUUGGUGCAAACUUUGAGGAUUUCAAAUACUUUUUGGAUUCAAUCCUUAAUUACUGUUUAUGUGGCAACAGAUGUAAUGAUCCUCUGUAUGUUGACUUAAAGUGCUUUCUAUAUUCUACAUGUCAGUCUAAAGUUUCUCAAUUUUAAUCUCAUAGUAUUGAAUAUUGCUAUUUGCCUUUGUUAUGAUUGUGGGGCACCAUUGUUUGAUUUGUAAAACAUGAAGUACAUGUUGAGUAAUACCUUUUCUGAGAAGAUUUGUAAAA